AUGGAUUUUCCCAAUGCCCCAAUUGCCAUUCUCGACGUUGAUGAGUUGUCGGGCCCUGAAGAGAGUGAAUACUUAGAUAAGCCAUAUGAAGGUGUCCUAAAGCGCUCAUUAUCUGACCCUUUUGAAAUUUCUAAUGGAUUGCAAUUAGAAGCAUCGCUUGAGCGUCUUAUUUGGACUUUCGAUGAGAAUGUGUCUCAUGGCCUUCUCGAUUCUCCCGAACUAAAUGCCAAACGUGAUGCAGAAUCGCAUGCAAAGACUGAAUCUACACUUUCAGCUAUUAAGUCGUUCUGGCGAAUUAGCGUUGCACCUAUUGAAAACCCGAGCAAAUCUUAUCCCCUCCCGAAUCGACCACUGAUGUUUGAGAAUGAAGAUUUUCAUAUGGCUGAUGCCGAGUCUGUUUCGGAGGCGGAUUUCGAGGCCUUUGCUCCUCAUAUCGAUCUGCUGUUAGUAAACACUCCUGUUCCACUCAUUGCAAUUCUGGGACCCGUUCUUAGCAACUAA